GGCCGCCCCGGGAGUGGCUGCAGCAGCGCCAGGAAUCGAGGAUGGUAAAAUGACCCAGGGGAAGAAGAAGAAACGGGCCGCGAACCGCAGUAUCAUGCUGGCUAAGAAGAUCAUCAUUAAGGACGGAGGCACGGGACUUGAUAUUUUAACUUCUAUAUAAAAUCUACAAAAUAGAAGCAACAAAGGAUUGUAUUAUAUAAAAGCAAGUGAUUUUUAAGAUCCAUAUUCUCUGCAAAAGAUUAAGAGUGGAGUUCUGAUCAGGAAACACACCUUCCUUUUUCUUAAGCCUCAAGGAAUAGGUUCUCCUAGUGUCUACCAUGCGGUUAUCGUCAUCUUUUUGGAGUUUUUUGCUUGGGGAUUAUUGACAGCACCCACCUUGGUGGUAUUACAUGAAACCUUUCCCAAACAUACAUUUCUGAUGAAUGGCUUAAUUCAAGGAGUAAAGGGGUUGUUGUCAUUCCUCAGUGCCCCACUUAUUGGUGCUCUUUCUGAUGUUUGGGGUCGGAAAUCCUUCUUGCUGCUAACAGUAUUUUUCACAUGUGCCCCAAUUCCUUUAAUGAAGAUCAGCCCAUGGUGGUAUUUUGCUGUUAUCUCUGUUUCUGGGGUUUUUGCAGUGACUUUCUCCGUGGUAUUUGCAUAUGUGGCAGAUAUAACCCAAGAACAUGAAAGAAGUAUGGCUUAUGGACUGGUUUCAGCAACAUUUGCUGCAAGUCUGGUAACCAGCCCCGCAAUCGGAGCUUACCUCGGCCGUGUGUAUGGGGACAGCUUGGUGGUGGUCCUGGCUACAGCCAUAGCAUUGCUGGAUAUUUGUUUUAUCCUUGUUGCUGUGCCAGAGUCUUUGCCCGAGAAGAUGCGGCCAGCGUCAUGGGGGGCACCCAUUUCCUGGGAACAGGCCGACCCUUUUGCGUCCUUAAAAAAAGUGGGCCAGGAUUCCAUAGUGCUGCUGAUCUGCAUCACGGUGUUCCUCUCCUACCUACCAGAGGCAGGCCAAUACUCCAGCUUCUUUUUGUACCUCAGACAGAUAAUGAAGUUUUCACCGGAAAGUGUUGCAGCAUUUAUAGCAGUCCUUGGCAUUCUUUCCAUUAUUGCACAGACCAUAGUCUUGAGUUUACUUAUGCGGUCAAUUGGAAAUAAGAACACCAUUUUAUUGGGUCUGGGAUUUCAAAUAUUACAGCUGGCAUGGUAUGGCUUUGGUUCAGAACCUUGGAUGAUGUGGGCUGCCGGGGCGGUGGCGGCCAUGUCUAGCAUUACCUUUCCAGCGGUCAGUGCCCUGGUUUCACGAACUGCCGAUGCUGAUCAACAAGGUGUUGUUCAAGGAAUGAUAACAGGAAUUCGAGGACUGUGCAAUGGUCUGGGACCAGCUCUUUAUGGAUUCAUUUUCUACAUAUUCCAUGUGGAACUUAAAGAAUUGCCAAUGACAGGAACAGACUUGGGAACAAACACAAGCCCACAGCACCAUUUCGAACAGAAUUCGAUCAUCCCUGGCCCCCCCUUCCUCUUUGGAGCCUGUUCAGUACUGCUGGCUCUGCUUGUUGCCUUGUUUAUUCCAGAACAUACCAAUUUAAGCUUACGGUCCAGCAGUUGGAGAAAGCACUGUGGCGGUCACAGCCAUCCUCAUAGUACACAAGCGCCAGGAGAGGCCAAAGAACCUUUACUCCAGGACACAAAUGUGUGAUGACCGAAAUCAGGAAGACUUUUCUAUCACACCCAGGUCUUAGUUUUCACCUGUAGUUCUGGAUGUACAUUCCAUUUCCAUCUACAAUGUACUUUAAGGUUGUCUUAAGAAAUGUAUCUGCAUGAACUCCGUGGGAACUAAAGAAAGAACCAGAACCGGACAGUUUUCCAAAGAUGUUACAAUUUCUUUUGAAAAGAAACCUUUUGUUUAUUAGCACCAAUUUCUUGCCACUAGCUUUUGUUUUAUUAUACAUCCUUUAAUUAAAAACUAUAUACGUACCUUCUUAGAUACUAGCAACGUCUCUGCUACCAUUUCCUUCAGGUGUUGAGCUUUAACUCUAUGCUGACUCACAGCGAGACAGAGUAGGUAGUAUGGUUAUGGACCUGUUCGUUUUUAACAUUGUAAAAUCUUGGGUCAAAUAAUUCAAAGCCUUAAUGCAGAUGCACUAAAGUAAAGAAAUGGUAAAUGAAUUGUUUGCAUUAAAAAAAAAAAAAAACUUUAAGAAAAUUGUACUAAAUCUGAAUCAUGUUUCAAGCUUGUUUGUAGUAAUUUUAUUUUAAACAUUCACCACUGUUUUUGAAAUGAGAAAAUAUCAGCCAUUUAGAAUUUAAAUUGGGGUAGAGUCUGUAAAUCUAAACGCUGGCUCGGGUUUGUUCCCCAGCUACUUAUACCACUAUUCUUUUAAUGUUUGCAUAAUCACAAGAACCUCAACACUUGAAUACAUAAUCUAAAAAUUAUAUAGUAAAGCUGGUAGCCUUGAAAAUGUCAAUGUGAUAUCUAUAUGUAGAUAAAUAUAUAUAGUGGCCUUUCAGGACUGUCACAGUAACACUUUAUUUACAGAGCUAAUGUUUGUCCUAAAUUUUCAGGACUCUAGAAGAGAGCUUUAUACAAUUACUGAUGUGAAUUUCUCUAAAGUGUAUAUUUUUGUGUCCAGUUAUAUUAUUUAAAAAGUGUUACUUUGUAAAAAUUGUACAUAAAGUAUUGUAUAGUUUA